AUGGCUGAGCUAGCUCCGCUUUCCAUGCUCUUCCUUGCCCUGCUCGUCGUCGUCCCCGUGCUCCACUUCAUCCGGUCGUCACGCCGGCAUGAGGGAAGCAGCCGGCCGCGGCCUCCGCCGUCGCCAUGGGCGCUGCCAGUCAUCGGCCACCUCCACCACGUCGCCGGCGCGCUCCCGCACCGCGCGAUGCUGGGCCUGUCGCGCCGCCACGGCCCGCUCAUGCUGCUCCGCCUCUGCGAGCUCCGCGUCGUCGUCGCCUCCUCGGCCGACGCCGCGAGGGAGAUCAUGAAGACCCAGGACCUGGCGUUCGCGUCGCGGCCCAUGACCCCGACGGGGAAGGCCCUCCUCGGCGACAGCCCGGGCAUCGUGUUCACGCCCUACGGCGACGCGUGGCGCCAGCUCCGCAGGAUCUGCACCCUCGAGCUCUUCACCUCCCGCCGCGUCAGGUCCUUCCGGCCCGUGCGCGAGGAAGAGGUCGGGCGGCUGCUCCGGUCGGUGGCGGUGGCGGUGGCGCCGUCUCCGUCUCCGUCGUUGGCGGUGAACCUGAGCGAGCGGAUCAGCGCAUACGUCGCGGACUCGUCGGUGCGCGCCGUCAUCGGCAGCCGGUUCAAGGACCGCGGCGCGUUCCUUCGGAUGCUGGAGCGGAGGAUCAAGCUCGCGCCGGCGCAGUGCCUGCCGGACCUCUUCCCGUCGUCGCGGCUGGCGAUGCUCGUCAGCCGGAUGCCGCGCGAGAUGAAGCGGGAGCGCCGGGAGAUGAGGGACUUCAUCGACGCCAUCAUCCAGGAGCAUCAAGAGAACAGCACGGCCGGCGCCGGCGCCGACGACGACGACUUUCUCGACGUCCUCCUGAGGAUCCAGAGAGAGGGGAAGCUCGAUCCUCCCCUCACCACCGACGACAUCAAGGCAGUCAUCGUCGACAUCUUCAUAGCGAGCAGCGAGACGUCGGCGACGGCGCUGCAGUGGGCCAUGGCCGAGCUGAUGAGGAACCCGAGGGUGAUGCGCAAGGCGCAGGAGGAGGUCCGGCGAGCCCUCGACGGGCGCGACAGGGUCACGGAGGAGAGCCUGGCGAGCCUGCGCUACCUGGACCUCGUCAUCAAGGAGGUGCUCCGGCUUCACCCGCCGGCGCCGAUGUUGCUCCCCCGCGAGUGCCGGGCCCCGUGCCGGGUCCUCGGCUUCGACGUGCCGGUGGGGGCCAUGGUGCUCGUCAACGCGUGGGCGAUCGGCAGGGACCCGGCGCACUGGGACGAGCCGGAGGAGUUCUCGCCGGAGAGGUUCGAGGGCGGCGGCGUGGACUUCAAGGGCACGGACUUCGAGUACAUACCGUUCGGCGCCGGGCGGCGCAUGUGCCCCGGGAUGGCGUUCGGGCUGGCCAACAUGGAGCUCGCGCUCGCCAGCCUUCUCUACCACUUCGACUGGGAGCUGCCGGACGGGACGGGGCCCGGGGAGCUGGACAUGGCCGAGCUUCUGGGGCUCACCACGCGGCGGCGCUCCGACCUCCUGCUCGUCCCGGCGAUCAGCAUGCCAUUGCCAAAGCAAAAUUUGAAUGCGCCAAGCGAAAAUUCUUUCGACAUUAAGCCUUAG